AUGUCUUUCAACCGGAAAUAUGCUGGUCUUCCAGAUUUGGAUCUCGCGCCCGAUAUCUAUGAGACCCCCGACCUGACCGACGAAGCCUCCACCAUCCCGCCCACAACUAUCCGCACAGCAUCCAACGCAGAAGAUGACACCGGCUCCAACUCCGACAUCGACCGGCAGGGAAUCAACGCGGACGAGGCGCGCGCCCACUUCCUCGGCGCCACGGUCGAUGCCCGUGAUGUCAAUUUCUCCGACAGCAUCGCGUUAAAACGCAAAGCAUACCGAAACAAGAACCGCCGGCGGCGCCGGAGACCGGAAAACGGGCUCGAGGAACCGGAAGACUUCAGUGACAGCGAAGAUGAAAGCGUGGAGAGGAAGCUCGCGCGCCUUCGCAGGGAAGUGGAGGAAUUGAAGACCGAGAUGGCCUCGCAACCGUCCAAAACCGAAUCCGAAGCCGAAACGCCCGAAGCCCCCGCCGGUGGAAAGGAGGCCAUUGGCGACGGCGUCCUGGAACUCAGUCGCGCAUUGGACAACCUGUACACCUCCCGAAGUACCUCCGGGCCGCACUCGGCGGCAGCAGCAUUGUCACAGAAGAUAGCAACAGCAUCGCAAUCCACAUCCGAACCCCCCACUACCACCCCUGGCGAUUCCACAAGCACACAGCCCGACGCCCCCGCCUCUUCCGCCGGUGUCCUGGCCCACGCGGCAGCAUUUGACGGCCGGCUGGCGCUCAUCGAAGCCGCCAUGGGAAUAUCCAGCUCGUCGAACCCCUUCGUCAGCGACGGCAUCUCCGAGCCAGCGCUGCAGCCGGUACUUCCAGCCCUGGACCACCUGACGUCCCGUCUAUCGACCCUCAUGAACAUGCUCGUGGGUCCGCACCCCAUGUCCGCCGUACCGACCAUGGGCUCCGCGGCGCCCUCCACCACCAUCACCACCCCGCAUCUCGAGACACUCUCCACGCGCGUCCGAAAGCUCACCGCCGAUACAGAGGCUCUGGCGUCUGCGCGCAAACGCGCCGUGGACGCCGCCAAGGCCGCCCAGAACGCGCGCAUCGCCUCCGCCGCCAUCGAGCCCUCAGACAUGUCCGUCUCCUCGUCGUCCGCAACCGAGGUCGACCCCGCCGCCACCCAGCGCGACGAACAAGCAACCAAGAUCCAAGCCCUCUACUCCACCCUCCCCACCAUCCAAUCCCUCCACCCCAUCCUCCCCAGCGUGCUGGAACGCCUCCGCUCCCUCCGCGCCAUCCACGCCGGAGCCGCCCAGGCCUCCGAGUCCCUGGACCUGCUCGAGAAGCGUCAAGUCGACAUGGCUCGCGAGAUCGAACAAUGGCGCGAGGGUCUGCGCGUCGUCGAGGAGAAGACGAGCCAGGGCGAGACAGCCAUGAAGAGUAAUAUCGAACUGGUGGAACCGUGGGUCCGUGACCUAGAGAGUAGAUUGGAGCGUCUGAGUGGAGGAGAGGCGUAG